AUGUGGGAAAAUGUUCGAGCUUUCUAUUCCCACGCCAUUGUCAAAAUGUAUGGCUUCUGCUUCCAUCGAGCGUAUAAAUUUCUCGUCUACGACUACAUUCAGCAGGGAAGCCUCCAUGGGACAUUGGAAAAUGAGGAGUUAGCAAAGGAAUUAGAUUGGAAGAAUAGAAUUGCUCUUGCAACUGAUGUGGCUCAAGCAAUAGCUUAUUUACACCAUGAAUGCAGUCCACCGAUAAUCCAUCGAGAUAUCACAAGCAACAACAUCUUACUUGAUACAACCUUCAAGGCUUUUGUCUCGGAUUUCGGCACGGCAAGGAUUCUUAAGCCCGAUUCAUCAAACUGGAGUGCACUAGCAGGGACAUAUGGCUACAUAGCUCCUGAACUCUCAUACACAUCAGUUGUGACUGAGAAAUGUGAUGUCUAUAGCUUUGGCGUGGUUGUGCUAGAGCUAGUUAUGGGGAAGCAUCCAAGGGAUCUAUUAGACGGUAGUUUGUCGAGCGGGAAACAAGCUAUGCUGGUGAAAGAUAUUCUAGACCAACGGCCAACAACACCAAUAACAACAGAAGAGAAUAGCUUAGCUCUGCUCAUCAAGCUAGCCUUUUCUUGCUUGGAAUCUUCACCACAAGCAAGGCCAACCAUGCGGGAGGCCUACCAAACACUCAUCCAGCGACCCUCUUCUAGCUCAUGCCCCAUGACUUUCAGCACACUUACAUUACAACAAGUAAAGUAUGCAUGUUGA